CAGCAUUCCAUUGCGCUAAUCCUCUCUCCUUCGGAAUUCUCUUCCACUUUCUCUUUCCUCUUUCUCACCGCAACUUUCACCUGAGCCCUAAACCAAAAUCUCAAUUUCAAUUUCAAUUUUCAAUUUCCUCACUGUCCACUUCAAUUCAACCCUUCUCUCUCCGAAUUCUGAAUUAUAUCUACUGUAAUUCAAAUCCUCUCACUCACGCCCCUUUCUUCCUGCAUUUGUUUCUUUUCCCCCUUUUUUCAUGGUGAUGGGCUGAAUUUUGUGGUAAAGCCUUCAGCUUUAUCUGUUUAAGGGAAAUUCCUACCCGCCCCAGCUCCUCAAUUUGUUUUAUUUCAACAACGGGAUAGUGAAACGGGAACUAGGGCACAAAUGGCUAACCCGGAGUUAAGUAUGAACCCUCAAAUGGAGCAGAUCCAUGGCGAAAUUCGCGACAUCAUGCGAGCGCUCGCAAAUGGCUUCCAAAAGCUGGAUAAGAUCAAAGACUCAACUAGACAGAGUAAACAGCUGGAGGAGCUUACUGGGAAGAUGAGGGAGUGCAAAAGAUUGGUUAAAGAAUUUGAUCGAGAAAUCAAAGAUGAGGAAAGCAGAAAUCCUCCGGAGAUUACCAAGCAGCUCAAUGACGAGAAGCAAUCUAUGAUCAAAGAGUUGAAUUCAUAUGUAGCCUUGAGGAAGACUUACAUGAGCACAUAUGGGAACAAGAGGGUUGAACUUUUUGAUAUGGGUGGUGCCAGUGAUCCCACAGCUGAAGAAAAUGUAUUAGUUGCAUCAGAAAUGUCAAAUCAGCAGCUUAUUGAUGCUGGAAUGAAGUCAAUGGAUGAAACUGACCAAGCUAUUGAGCGCUCCAAACAGGUUGUUCACAAAACUCUUGAAGUGGGAACACAAACUGCUACUACACUGAAGGGCCAAACUGAACAAAUGGGUCGUGUAGUCAAUGAACUGGACACAAUCAAUUUCUCUUUAAAAAAGGCUUCACAACUUGUAAAAGAGAUUGGCAGACAGGUGGCUACUGACAAAUGCAUCAUGCUGUUCCUUUUUCUGAUUGUAUGUGGGGUUAUUGCCAUAAUUGUUGUGAAGAUUGUGAAUCCAAACAACAAAGACAUAAGGGACAUACCCGGACUUGCGCCUCCUGCUCCUACAACAAGAAGAUUGUUGUAUGUAAAGCCGACAGAAUUUUUUGAGUAAAAAACCGACAUCUCAGAGGCAGUACAGAUUAUUGAGAAUCAUUGUGUUCCUGGUGUGUUUUCUUUAUGAGGUGGGUUGCUUGAGUUGUGCAUAUGAGUGUGUUAACUUCUUUGUGUAAAUUGUGGUACCUUGGCAUUUCACUUGUACUUGUUCCAUUGUGUUGAUUAUUGGUGUGAAUCGCAUUGCCAUUACUCUUGGUGUAAACGUUUUGGGAGAGAAAGGUUGCAUUUGUACCCAUUCCAUUCUCCUAAACUAAGAAUUUCAUUAUUUUUGGUUUUAUGAAAUCAUCACAAUUCAUUGAA